AUGUUCACUGAGCUGACCCGUCUCCUCGAGAAGAGAAAAUCUGAUGUGAAGCAGCAGAUCAAAACCGAGCAGGAAACUGGAGUGAGGCGAGUAAAAGAUCAUCAGGAGAAGCUGGAGCAGAGGAUCACCGAUCUGAGGGGAAAAGUUGCAGACCUGGAGAAGGUCUAUCUCCAAGCUCAUCAACUGAAGAGCAAUGACCUGGAGGACCUGUUGGACUCUAUAGAACUAACCAGCAGCGACAUCUCUCCCACGCCAAAAUUUGAGGAGGUGAAAGCAGCCGUCUCAGAACUCAGAGAUAGAAUUACGGAUGCUCUGAGAGAGACAGAAAUCUCAAAGAUGGAGACUCAGGAUGUUUCAUUGACCAAUCCAGAGCCAGAGACCAGAGUUGAAUGCCUUAAAUAUGCUCGUAGAGUCACCAUGGACCCUAACACAGUAAAUAACAGAUUGAGAUUAUCCAUGGGGAACAGAUUAGUGACAUUAGGGGAUAAGGAACUGUCGUAUCGAAGCAACGUAGAAAGAUUCACCAAAGGUUGGCAGGUCCAGAGCCGCGAGAGUCUGACUGGACGUUGUUACUUCGAGGUGGAGAUUUGGGGAGCAGCUACUAUUGCACUUUCGUACAAGAGCAUCAGCAGAGACAGUCUUUUUAUGGACGACAGCCUGUCCUGGAAAGUGUUUUGCUUUAAUCAUGGUCCUACAUUUGAGUUUUUAGACUCCAGGAAAGUGGACAUGGGGGACAUUACAUUUGGAUUCAAUGAGCUCUACAGCUAUUUAUUACAUCGGGGUGACGAUUACACUAUGCUUGGUGCAUUUGAGUCUGAAAUCUCAGGUCCUCAGUCCUCCAGAGUAGGAGUGUACCUGGAUCACGAUGCAGGUAUCCUGUGCUUCUACAGACUCUCUGAAACCAUGACCCUCCUCCACCGAGUGGAGACCAGAUUCACUGAGCCUCUCCACGCCGGAGUUGCAUUGUAUGGUCCUGGUGGUCCUCAUGGUGACAGAGUUGAGUUCAGCAAACUCUCAGAAUGA